UGAGUGGACGAUCAGUGGCCGCCCCCCCCGCACACUUUUCAGGUGACAGCGUCAAGUGAUCGCUCCGCCUCCUGUGGAUGUUGCUGGCUGUGGAUGACAGAAGAGCCGGAGCAUCGAAACAAGUGCUCUAACUGCUCUUCUGACAGUGAGGACGAGGACACCAACACACCUCCAUCUCUGUGGAUAGCGGCUCAUUUUUGUGCCCCCCACUUCAAGAUCGAGCGGAAGUGCCGUGUCGUCGUUUUAAGUCGCGAAGGUGACUGAAACAAGCUAGUGUGAAGUCCACUCGCAACCGGCGGCUCGGCUCGGCGACUGUACAGGCAUCAUCACCUGGAUGCAAUGACCGACUCGGUUGUGGACGGCAAGACGGAGGUUAAACAAGCCACCAAAUAUGUCAAAGAGACAGAAAACGUCGCGGAGAAAUAUUCCGCGUUGACAGUGAGCAAAAACAGCAGCGAUGUAAAUAUGAACGUCGGGGAAAUGCCUUCCGCAGCGUUCACCGCAGUGCCCACUCUGAAAACCGUCAAGAAGAUCCAGUUUGCAAAUGCAGAGGACAAACAGGAAUUCAGCAAGUACCCCACCAAGGCAGGCCGCCGCUCGCUCUCACGGUCCAUGUCACAGUCCUCCACAGACAGCUAUAGCUCAGCUGCAUCCUACACUGACAGCUCCGACGAUGAGACCUCCCCCCGGGACAAAGCCCAGGUCAACACUCUGGGCAGCAGUGACUUCUGUGUGAAGAACAUUAAGCAGGCUGAAUUUGGCCGCCGGGAAAUAGAGAUAGCAGAACAAGAUAUGUCUGCCCUGAUCUCAUUGAGGAAGCGAGCCCAGGGAGAGAAGCCACUAGCUGGUGCAAAGAUAGUAGGCUGUACCCAUAUCACUGCUCAGACAGCAGUCCUGCUUGAAACCCUGGUGGCCCUCGGGGCCCAGUGUCGCUGGACUGCCUGUAACAUCUACUCCACUCAGAACGAGGUGGCUGCUGCUCUUGCAGAAAUUGGAGUUCCUGUGUUUGCAUGGAAGGGUGAGUCAGAGGACGACUUCUGGUGGUGCAUCGAUCGUUGUGUCAACACUGAGGGCUGGCAGGCCAAUAUGAUCCUGGACGAUGGCGGAGACUUAACCCACUGGGUGUACAAGAAGUAUCCCAGCGUCUUCAAGAAAGUGCGAGGCAUAGUAGAGGAGAGUGUCACCGGGGUGCACAGGUUGUACCAAUUGUCAAAGGCAGGAAAGCUGUGUGUCCCUGCCAUGAAUGUGAACGACUCAGUCACCAAGCAGAAAUUUGACAACCUUUACUGCUGCCGCGAAUCCAUCCUGGAUGGCUUGAAGAGGACCACAGAUAUAAUGUUUGGAGGCAAGCAAGUCGUUGUUUGUGGUUAUGGAGAGGUUGGGAAGGGCUGCUGCACUGCUCUAAAAGCCCUUGGAGCCAUUGUGUGCAUCACUGAAAUUGACCCCAUCUGUGCCCUGCAGGCCUGCAUGGACGGCUUCAGAGUGGUCAAGCUUAGUGAGGUCAUUCGGCAGAUGGACGUGGUGAUAACUUGCACUGGCAACAAGAAUGUUGUUACCAGAGAACAACUUGACCGAAUGAAGAAUGGCUGCAUUGUCUGCAAUAUGGGACAUUCCAAUACUGAGAUUGAUGUGGCGAGUCUGCGCAGCCCUGAACUGACCUGGGAGAGGGUUCGCUCUCAGGUUGACCACAUCAUCUGGCCUGAUGGAAAGAGGGUUGUCUUGUUGGCAGAGGGUCGGCUUUUAAAUUUGAGCUGCUCCACAGUGCCGACGUUUGUGUUGUCCAUCACUGCCACAACUCAGGCUCUGGCCCUGAUUGAGUUAUUCAAUGCUCCAGAGGGUCGUUACAAACAGGAUGUGUAUCUCCUGCCCAAGAAGAUGGAUGAGUAUGUGGCAAGUUUGCACCUGCCAAACUUUGACGCCCACCUGACAGAGCUGACUGACGAGCAGGCCAAGUACAUGGGCCUCAAUAAAAAUGGCCCCUUCAAACCAAAUUAUUACAGGUAUUAAUGAAAAGUGUCCGCUCGUACGAUCCUCAAAACACAGUUGCCCUGGGAUAAACAGAGAUAUCUAUUUUAUUUUCUAAAUUGCUACCAAAUGGAGGAAUUAUUUUACUUAUGCUGAAUGUAACUUAUUACUAGCACCUCAGUCAUAAUGUUAAAUAUGAAACAUAAGAGUAACACGUACAAGAAACUUAAUAUAUAUACGCAUAUAUAUAUAUAUAUAUCUAUAACCAACUAACAUUUUAAAUCACUUGUCGUGUGCUGAUAAACAAAGCCUGCUUGCAUGUUUUCAUGUAUAUGUACUUAAUGAAUUGCUACUGUUCAUGUCAAUAGAUUUUUGAUUCGUUUGUAUACCCUUUUUUCCACACAGUGCCAAAAAUGGCUGUAAGAUGGACCAUGAGACAGCAUUUAUAAUUAGUCUGUCUGG